AUGGGCAACGCGGCCGGCAGCGCCGAGCAGCCCGCGGGCCCCACCGCGUCGCCCCCUAAGCAGCCUGCGGCUCCCAAGCAGCCGAUGCCCGCGGCGGGAGAGCUGGAGGAGCGAUUCAACCGGGUCUUGAACUGCAUGAACUUGCCCCCGGACAAGGUGCAGCUGCUGAGCCAGUAUGACAACGAGAAGAAAUGGGAACUCAUCUGUGACCAGGAGAGGUUCCAAGUCAAGAACCCCCCUGCAGCCUACAUCCAGAAGCUGAAGAGCUACCUGGAUACUGGUGGGGUCAGCCGGAAGGUGGCAGCUGAUUGGAUGCCCAACUUGGGGUUUAAGAGGCGUGUUCAGGAGUCCACACAGGUGCUGCGGGAGCUGGAGAUCUCCCUGAGAACAAACCACAUUGGGUGGGUGCGAGAGUUCCUCAGCGAGGAGAACCGCGGCCUGGAUGUGCUGCUUGAGUACUUGGCCUUUGCUCAGUGCUCCGUCACGUAUGACAUGGAAAGCACAGACAAUGGAGCCCCCAACACAGAGAGAAGCAAGCCGCUGGAGCAGUCAGUAGAGGAUCUCAGCAAGGGUCCCCCCUCAUCCUGUACACCACACCCCAGGAGUCGCCACCUGACCGUCAAGCUGACCCCGGCUCACAGUAGGAAGGCUCUGCGGAAUUCUCGUAUCGUCAGCCAGAAGGAUGACGUCCAUGUCUGCAUUAUGUGCUUGCGUGCCAUCAUGAACUACCAGUCUGGCUUCAGUCUCAUCAUGAACCACCCCGCCUGUGUCAACGAGAUUGCUCUGAGUCUGAACAACAAGAACCCCAGAACCAAGGCUCUGGUGCUGGAGCUGCUGGCAGCUGUGUGCCUGGUGCGGGGGGGACACGACAUCAUCCUUGCGGCCUUUGACAACUUCAAGGAGGUAUGUGGGGAGCAGCAUCGCUUUGAGAAGCUGAUGGAGUAUUUCCGGAAUGAGGACAGCAACAUUGACUUCAUGGUGGCCUGCAUGCAAUUCAUCAACAUUGUGGUACACUCAGUGGAGAAUAUGAACUUCCGUGUCUUCUUGCAAUAUGAGUUCACCCACCUGGGUCUGGACCUGUACUUGGAGAGGCUGCGACUCACGGAGAGUGACAAGCUCCAGGUGCAGAUCCAGGCGUACCUGGACAAUGUUUUUGAUGUGGGCUCGCUGCUGGAGGACACCGAGACCAAGAAUGCGGUGCUGGAGCACAUGGAGGAGUUGCAGGAGCAGGUGGCCACGCUGACAGAGAGGCUUCGGGACGCGGAAAACGAAUCAAUGGCUAAGAUCGCCGAGCUGGAAAAGCAGCUCAGCCAGGCCCGCAAGGAGCUGGAGACCCUGCGGGAGCGCUACAGCGAGUCGACUUCCAUGAGUGCCUCCAGGCGGCUCCCAGAACCUGAAAAAGUGCCUCCCCCCUGCUUGGUGCGGCCCUCGGCCCUAGAGCUGAAGGUGGAGGAGCUGGAGGAGAAGGGGUUAAUCCGCAUCCUGCGGGGGCCGGGAGAUGCUGUCUCCAUUGAGAUCCUUCCGGUCUCUGUGGUAACUCCAAGAGGCAGUGAUAGUGAUGCUCCGUCUCCGGAGGUGCCCGCUGGCUCCCCAAGCCCAGAUCUCCUACCUGCAUCAGAACCAGCUCCCGGAGCAGCGCCCCCACCACCACUGCCGCCUCCGCCCCCACCCCCACCUCCAGGCCCCGCCUCGCAACAAGAAGCCCCGCCCCCGGCGCCCCCAAUGGCCCCGCCCCUCCCAGGCAGUCCUGAUCCCCCGCCAGCGCCACCAGUUCCAGGAGACCUGCUGCCCCCACCUCCGCCCCCACCGCCGCUCCUGGGCACUGGUGGGCCUGUGCCACCGCCGCCCCCACCACCUCCGGGAGGCCUCUCUGAUUCCCUUGGGGGGCCCAGUCCAGAGAUGGGCCCAGGAGUGAAAGCCAAGAAACCCAUCCAGACUAAGUUCCGAAUGCCGCUCUUAAACUGGGUGGCCCUGAAGCCCAGCCAGAUCACGGGCACUGUCUUCACAGAGCUCAAUGAUGAAAAGGUGCUCCAGGAGCUAGACAUGAGUGACUUUGAGGAGCACUUCAAGACCAAGUCCCAGGGUCCCAGCCUGGACAUCAGUGCCCUCAAGGGCAAGGCAUCCCAGAAGCCCCCUACCAAGGCAACACUCAUUGAGGCCAACCGGGCCAAGAACUUGGCCAUCACCCUGCGCAAGGGCAACUUGGGGGCUGACCGCAUCUGCCAAGCCAUUGAGAUGUAUGACCUGCAGGCCCUUGGCCUGGACUUCCUGGAGCUCCUGACUCGCUUCCUGCCCACGGAGUACGAACGUAGCCUCAUUGCCCACUUUGAGCGGGAGCAGCGGCCCAUGGAGGAGUUGUCAGAUGAGGACCGCUUCAUGCUGCGCUUCAGUCGAAUCCCACGCUUGCCCGAGCGCAUGGCCACGCUCACCUUCCUGGGCAACUUCCCCGACACUGCCCACAUGCUCAUGCCGCAACUGAAUGCCAUCAUUGCAGCCUCAAUGUCCAUCAAGUCCUCGGACAAACUCCGCCAGAUCCUGGAGAUUGUCCUGGCCUUUGGCAACUACAUGAACAGCAGCAAGCGAGGAGCAGCCUAUGGCUUCCGGCUCCAGAGUCUGGAUGCGCUGUUGGAGAUGAAGUCCACUGAUCGUAAACAGACACUGCUGCACUACCUGGUGAAGGUCAUCACCGAGAAGUACCCCCAGCUCACAGGCUUCCACAGUGACCUGCACUUCCUGGACAAGGCAGGGGCAGUAUCCUUGGACAGCGUCCUUGGGGACGUGCGCUCCCUGCAGCAAGGUCUGGAGUUGACACAGCGGGAGUUUAUGAGGCAGGACGACUGCAUGGUGCUUAAGGAGUUCCUGAGGGCCAACACACCCACCAUGGACAAACUGCUGGCAGACAGCAAGACAGCUCAGGAGGCCUACGAAUCUGUGGUGGAGUACUUUGGGGAGAAUCCCAAGACCACGUCCCCCUCCAUGUUUUUUUCCCUCUUUAGCCGCUUUAUCAAGGCGUACAAGAAAGCUGAGCAGGAGGUGGAACGGUGGAAGAAAGAAGCAGUUGCCCAGGAGGCAGGCACCGAUGCCCUCAGCAGAGGGGAGCCCUUGGCACCCAAGUCUCCACCCAAGGCUCGGCGGCAGCAGAUGGACCUCAUCUCAGAGCUGAAACGGAAGCAGCAGAAGGAGCCACUCAUCUAUGAGAGUGAUCGUGACGGCGCCAUCGAAGACAUCAUCACGGUGCUGAAGACAGUGCCCUUCACGGCCCGCACUGGCAAGCGGACAUCCCGGCUCCUCUGUGAGGCCAGCCUGGGAGAGGAGAUCCCCCUCUAG